AUGACCUUCGCAGCGAUGCGUUUCUUUAUUGUUGGUAUCAUUGCAAGCAUUCUCGGUGCCACAACGGCUCAGAGGAUCUUCGGGACACCUACUCCCAAGGUGGAAAAUGCACUCACCGAGCGUCUCUUCCCUGAGCUUAUUCAAUUCUGGAAAGCAUCAAACUUCACUUGGCCUAAGGAAGCUCUUUCUUCUAUGCAGCAGUUAGCUGCAGACAGGAAGAACCGUAUCCAGCAGAAUGCACGCUGCGACCCUCUUCCUCUAUGCAUAGUUCAAGCUUUGAACAUGGCCUCUGAGGAUGAAGCGAAAAUUACUGAGGCUUUUCAUGUUGCUCACGCACCGCAGUCACUACUGGAUAUCUGGCCACGCUAUGUGGAAUCCAUUCGUUACAUGUUCGCUGUCUAUGGAAAUGGAACAGCUUCUCGUUCUGAGGAAGAUUCAAUGCUGUACAACCCCAAGAAAGCGGACUGGGAAUACUACAUUACGGGAUAUGCAGACUAUCUCGGCUCCAAGUACUCGGGAUUCGUCCUUCCACCUUUCGACUACAUCCAGACGGCCAUGACACUACUUGAUGUGAACGACCGUACCAAUGCUGUCUGGUUCAAAGAUCUUUGGCAACAACAGAAUGCAGGUGCACUGGCCCUGUCCCAUCACAUUCAAUGGGACAACUACAAGUACUCCGCUAUUCUUGUGCCUGGUAUGGGUCCUGAGCUUACAGAUGAGCCCCUCUCUCCCCAGAGCAAGAUGCGCCUAAAUAUUGCCGUUCAGCUAUUCUAUGAAGGCCAAGCACCCUACAUUGUCGUGUCCGGUGGAGCAGUCCACCCGGCUCACACGCCAUACACAGAAGCAUACAACCUGCGUCAAUGGCUCGUUGAAGAACUUGGCUUCCCAUCCGAACGCGUUGUAAUGGAACCACACUCUCGUCACACUACGACAAACUAUCGCAACACAGCGCGGGAACUGGACGUUCUCGGUGCACCGCAUGAAAAGCCAAUUUUGACUGUCACCAACUCGGAUCAAUUUGACUACAUCCUCAAAUUAAAUAAGCACCGAAAGCCCAAGGACGGUGUGGUCUAUGCUGGUCAAAGGGAUCUUGGGUAUACCAUUGGCAAGGUAGGCCCAUCUCACGGCAAAUUCCUGAUCGAAUUCCGCCCCAACUGGGACAAGAUCUUUACGAUUGACCCUAUGGACCCUCUUGAUCCCUGA